CCUCAGUCUGAUCAGACGUUCCGGGGAGAUACUAUAUAUACAUAUAAGAUAUAAAAGGAAUAACCUCUUAUCAACAAAUAACACACAAUGGGCAACGUGCAGCCAGGAGGAAUUGUGACCAUUGACAACACCUGGGUGCACUCGUCUCCUCACGCUCCCUUGCCCGCUUAUGCGGUGGUCGGUGGCCAUGACUCGGAUCGCACGCCCAUCUAUGUGGGUCGAUCCUUUCACGAAGGCGAAAAUCUGCCGGCCAAGGUCAUCCCGAGCAAGGGUUGCGCCUAUGUGGCCUAUGGCGGUGCCGAGCACCAGAAGCACCAUUACGAAGUGCUGGUCGGUCAGGGAUUCGCUUGGGUGCCUAGUGCCAGUGGUGGAGUGCCGCCAAAUGCGGUUAGGAGUGGAACUACACGUACCGGAGAGCCUCUCUACGUGGGACGUGGACAUCAUGCCGGUAGCUUGUCUGUGGGCAAAGUUCAUCCCUCCCAUGGCUGUCUGUACAUUCCCUUCGGUGGACAGGAGGUGCGCAUUAAUACCUAUGAAGUGCUCAUCAAGCAGCAGCAUGAUGUUUGGGUGCCUGCCUCACCUAGCUACACACCACCGGGUGCAGUGAUUGCCGGACACGAUUCGGAUCGUACUCCCAUCUAUGCCGGACGGGCGAUGCACGAGGGUGAAAUGCUUCCCGCCAAAGUGGUGCCCAGUAAGGGAUCCGCCUAUGUUUGCUUUGGCGGCUUCGAAUUCCAGAAACCCACCUACGAGGUGCUCACCGGUGGCGGCUAUGUCUGGCUUCAUGGUGGCCAUCACAUUCCACACAAUGCCGUUUCCACGGGUCGUGCUCGGAAUGGAGAGAUCCUUUACUAUGGACGUGGACACUAUCAGGGUAGUCUGACUCCGGGUCUGGUCUCGGCCAGUCAGCGUUGUCUCUUCAUUCCCUACGGAGGCCGGGAGAUUCGUGUCAACUCCUAUGAGAUCCUCUGCAGGCAAUAACUUAGCGGAUUGGAAGCCACAUAAAUACCAUAUGCAUUUAGCCCACAUCAAACUGUAAUCGCACUUAAUAAAUCGACUGUUAUCACACAAA